UCGGUAUCAACAUCGUGAGAGCAGAAGGCAGUCGGUUUCGGGACAAGGAAGCACCUCGCAAAACUCCAUCGAGCUCCACCAGAUUGGCCGGAAACUGCAGUCCUGAACUGUUUUUCUUUAAAUUCGUGAAACCGGAACAAGUACAGCGUAAAACUUAGCAGCAAAAUGCCGGAACCAACCAAGGAUGAGCUCCGCAAGGAAAUUGCCACGAUCCUGAAGGACGCCAACCUGGAGGAGACCGCCGCCAAGAAGGUUCGCCUGCAGCUGGAGGACAACCUCAAGUGCGACCUGUCGCAGCGCAAGAAGGAGGUCGACGAUCUGGUGAUGGAGUACGUGAACGCCCAGGACGAGUCCGGCGAGGAGGAGGAGCAGGAAGAGGAAGCGGAGGACAAAUCUGAGUCGGAAGAGUCCGAGGAUGAGGCACCGAAGAAGAAGGGCAAGCGGGGAGCCCCGGCCAAGCGAGGUGCUCCGGCCAGCAAGAAGAAGAAGGGUUCCGACUCGGAGGAAGAAUCCGAAGAGGAAGCGUCGGAUGACGACUACAAGCCGACCAAGGGUGCCAAGGGAAGCGCCAAGAAGGGACCGGGUCGCAAGAAGAAGGGCGGUUCCGAUUCCGACUCGGAUGAGGACUGGAAGAAGAGCAAGCCGGCCAAGGGUGCCAAGAAGAAGGGCGCUGCCAAGAGCACCGGCUACACCCGGCCGUACAACCUGUCGCCGGAACUGGCCGCCAUCUGCGGCGCGGAAGCCCUGCCCCGCCACGAGGUCGUCAAGAAGGUGUGGGCCAUCAUCAAGGAGCGCAAUCUGUACGACCCCAAGAACAAGCAGUACGCCAUCUGUGACUCGGAACUGCAGAAGGUCAUCGGCGUCAAGCGGUUCCGCACGUUCGGAAUGCUCAAGUAUCUUAAGCCGCACUUUUUGAACUAAAUCAACGCCCUGUGUGCUGUGUGUGUAGAGCUAGAGGAAGAGCAAUUGACGUACCAUUUAUAUUUUAUCUCGCCCCACUCCUUGAUUGUGAAGAAAAAAGGAGAGAAAUUUUUAUUUUGUUGAAAACGCGGAACCGAUUCCAGCGCGAGACAGACUGCGGUAGAGGGCGAACCUUCACUGCGUAAGGUUCCCAGCAGAUUUAAAAGAGAGCAGAUUUAAGCAUUAAGCGAACACAGUGUAGUAAUCUAGUUGUGAACACAAAUUAUAAAAACAAAACAAAAUAUUAGAUGAGAUGAGGAAGAAGUAUCGUGACGAGACACAAUUAUACAUAUUUUUAAAUCAUACAAACUACAGAUUUGCAAUUAAAUAAAACACUUAACCGUAAUACAAACUCCUUCUAGGACAGAUCUUGAAGAAAUGGUAAAUUGCUCAGAGCAAGUUCUACAAAACUGAAUAAAAUUACUGACAAUGUAUCAACUACACAUUCAAACCGAUUCCUUUUUAUUUCGCUUUAACUUUAUUUUGUUUUCCCGAAUUGAUGGAUUUUCAACAAACAUUUCACUAUGAUAAUAGUAUCAGUAAAAUUAGUAAUGAUUUAAGGUAAGCAAACGAAAAGUGAACGACUGUGUAUGAAGCGAAAGUAAAUGAAACCGUUUCUAAUAAUGUAUGGAAUAAAAUUUGACAAAAAUCUA